UUUGCCAUUCCCAAUGGACAUUUUGAUUUGACAAAAUGAAUGUUAUCUCAAAACCUUAAAUUAUCAAGUACUUGAAGGAAGAUGCAUGAUCAGCUUUUAAAGCUGACAGAUCUCACCGUCGACUGUCUGCUGCAUAUUUUUGAAUACUGCUCAGAGGGGGAUCUCCUUUGCCUGAGCUUGGCCAACCGAUUUUUGGCGAACAUAAUAGACAACUACAUUUACUACUCACAGUCCAUUGACUUGCUGCUCUGUGGCCACCGGGAUAGCCCGAGAAUCGAGCAGAGAAACCGAACCCGCUUGAGCAACUAUGAUCGCAUCCAGGUGUCAAAGAACUGGGUUAAUGGAACCUACUUCGAACGCCCCUACUUCCAUCAUGCCCAAAUGUUCCCCACGAAACUGUGCCUGGAGGCGGACGCCCUGUACAUUACCCAUGCGGGCUAUCUGCGGAAGUACCGGCGCUCCAGCUGCGAUGCCCUGCUCCGUCGAUUCGAGGAGGAGAUCAGCACGUCCACCCACAGCGACAUCUCCGAUUUCGUUAAGAAAGAGGACACCAUAUUCGCGGGACGAGUAUGUGGAUCGUGCUUCCACUACGACGAGAAUGGCAUCACGGAACAGAGGAUGCAUCCGGCCAACGAGUAUCUGUACUGCGUGGACUUUGUCAAAGAUCUGUACGCCACCAGCACCGAUAACUGCUGCAAACUAUGGCAGCGAUCCCAGGAGUUCGGACUGACGCACUUCGACAUGGUGAUGAAGCUGCCGCAUGCCUUUAAGGCCUUAGAACUGAGUUCAGACGGCCAGUGGCUUUAUGGGGGUCUCUACACGGACGAAGGACGCCGGGCCCUGAGGGCCGUCCACGUGGAAAGUGGCGAGGAAUUGGUAUUCAACUCCAACACAAGAUCCAUUUACGACCUAAAAAUGAAAGAUGACCAUGUUAUUUUCACGGCCAACUUUGAUACGACGUUUCGGAUGUUUGAUCGUCGCAUUGAUCGCGAUGUGGCAAUUUGGGAGGAUCCGUUCGACUGUUCCUUUUAUUCACUGGAGUACGAUGGACUGUAUGCGGCGCUGGUCGGCACCAACAGACAUGCACGAGUCAACCUCUACGACAUAAGAAUGCAGAAAUAUGUUCAACUAUACUUCCCGGGCCGAACGCGGCAGCACAAUGGUCUAUCGCCCGUGUACAGCCUAGCCUGUGAUAGCCAAUAUAUGUUUGUGGCCACCGAUCACAAUCUGCGAGUCUUUGACUUCAAGUCCAAUUGUGGCAUUCAGCGGGACUACAGCAACAUCAAUGGGCUAAUGAAGAGAAAACUAUGAGCAUUUGACUGCCAAAUAAACUUCUAAAGUUAAA